CUGAAAAUGUGCGCGCUUUUCAUAAACAAUCUUGAAAGCCGUUAGAAUUUUGUUGUUUCCUUUAAGGCUCAACAACACCGUAUCAUUAUUCAGCGAUGUCAGGAACAACUCCGAGAACUACACGACCAUCUUCAGAAAAUUUAAAGAAAACACGUAAAACGCAGGCUUUCUCAUCGGAGAACGAACUUGUAGGCGCCCGAGGAGGCACGAAACCGCGAAUUGCACCCUCCGUGAUAGAUCAUGGAUUUCACACAGAUAAAUACAAAACUUACUAUAGUGCUUGGACGCCGGUUUUAAAUAGUGCAUCAAACAGUAAGAUUUUCGUAGAGCGCUUGGAUUUGAUCGGACACUGGUUUUCUAUGUGGACAGAUGCACAACGGAAGAAAUUUCUUACAUUUAUUCUAAAGAGAUGCACCAAGUCACAGUUAAGAUUUGUGAAUGAAGGAUGGUUCAAAAAACAACUUCCAAUUCUCCAUUUAGACUUCACAACUGUUUUGCCGCAGUUCAUAUCCACAUAUAUUUUUUCAUUUUUGGACCCAAGAAGUCUUUGUCGUGCUGCACAAGUGUCAUGGCACUGGAAGUUUGUAUGUGAACAAGAUGUCAUCUGGAUGCCAAAAUGUUUGCGGUAUGGUUGGUAUUUGCCUUACACACCAAGCAGUAGAGAAUUUGGAUGCUGGAAACACCAUUACAUCAUGUGCACUAGCUCCCUUGAUAUGGAAGCUCCAUCUAGGAUGGCAGAGAAUUAUGGUCAAUUUGCUGACAACAGCCUUCGAGUUACUCAAGGAAAGAUCAAACAAAAAGCAAAUGAAAAGAGGAAGAUCAGAGAAGCAAAGUAUUACAGAGAAGAGACUCGCCGUCCACCUUGGUUGGACACUGAUCCCCAACCCAGGGACUUGGAGAAUUCAAGGAAGGCUAUGCUUUAUGAACAUAAUCCAAAUCAACCAUAUUCUCCCAACCAGCUGAGAACUGAGAGACUGGGACUGAGUACCAGACCUUUGCACAGGAGGUCAGCGACUGCUCCAGCACACAUGGCAAUAGAGAAGGUUAUGAAGAUCAGCGAAACUGUCGACGUCAACGGCAAUGUUAUUGAAGAAGGAAAAGAACCAGUACCCUCUUCAAAGUUGACACUCACAGAAGCUCUUGCCGCCGAGUCUGGAGUGGAUCAGACGUGGCCUCAACCAGUUCCUUCUUCACCAGUGCGACGACAAGAUCUUACGUGUGGAAUUCAUCCUAGUUUGCAUGACUCCAUGCUAAUAAAAAGAAGUUCUCAGGACCUUUCAAGCUCCGUUAAUCCUGCCGUUAUAUUUAUUUCAUCGGAAAUCCCAGCAUCUGAGUUAUUGUUAGAAGCUGUUAAGUUUGGAGUCAUUGCAAUCCCGUACGAGUAUGAAGGCACAACCUUAGACGCCUUGAUGGAAAAGUUAAGGCUCGCUCUGCAGGGAAGACAAGCCAACUGCAUUGGUUUGUUUGCUUGGGGUGACUGUGGCACUAUACGUCUUGUGAAAGGUAAGAUAUUAUCAGAAGAGACUGUAAAUGAACCAAACAUGCGACACUUCUGGGAAACAGUAACGACAAGUGUUAUGGCGCGAGAAUCUGGAGGUCACAUGGACAUAUUUAUACCGCUGGUUGAAACAGAGAAAGGAAUGGACCUGUUGGUGCAGUUGGGUCUCUUAACCGACAUGCAGUUUUCUUGUCCUACUGGAAUGACAGGAUCCUUUGCAAGAGUGGAAAGCGAAUGGCUGUUUGUCCCCAACUCUAGUUCUCCGCCAUCUUUGUAUUUUAAUGCGACAAAAUUUGGUUCUUGGUCAAACACUGUGGAUUAUAUCGAGGAAUGCGUUGAUGUUGUAAAGAAAAAUCUCGACUGUUUCUUUACUGAAGAACAGAGAGAUCUGGCUAAGCGUCUUGUUGGACAAGUCACUUUCGAAGCCCUAGGGAUGUACGAGUUGCACAACGUUUCUGAGAUUGCGACUGUUCUUGUUGAUGCAGUCGCCUCUCUUGGAAGGAACAACGCAUCCAAGAAUUGGAGUGACCCAGUGCAGGGCCUUAUCGAUUAUCUUCAGAAGCACGGACAUAAAGAUAAGAAAUUCAAAAAAGUUCGUAAAACAACGGCGCAACAAGAUGAUUUUGCUUCAGUAGUGGAAAAUGAUGAUGCUGAUUCCGAGGACGAAUUAAACACAAGCCAUUUGGCACUCCAAUCUGAGGCCAGGACCGGCACGUCGGUUGGUGAAAAGAGGGCACAAGUAGCUCAUGAAAUACUCUCAACAGAGGUGGAAUACAUGAGAUGUCUGUCUAUUAUUCAAGAUGUUUUUAAGAAGCCUUUGCAAGCAUCCCUUGCCUCAAACAGGGCCAUAAUCAGCUCCGCGAAUAUUCAGAGUUUGUUUGCUGACAGUGAGACGCUACUGGCCCUUAGCAGUCUUCUGGUAAAUGACUUGUCAAGCCGGUUAGACGAAUGGAAUUCGCAUCAAAUUCUGGGAGACAUUUUCCUCAAGUUCACAAAUCAGCUGCGGGCCUACACGAACUUCCUGAACAAUUAUCCUGUCACUCUACAAACACUUGAGAGGUGUAGAGAACAGAAUCCUCAGUUUCGUUCAUUUCUCGGCCGUCAUGAAAAGCAGCCAAGCACAAAAAUGAUGAGUUUACCAGAAUUCCUUUUUCUUCCGGGAAGAAGAGUGAAAAGUUACGUAGAACUGUUGGAGGCUUUCUUGAAGUACACGCCCCCAGAUCACGUGGAUAGGAAAACCCUCCCUCAGGCCAUCGAGAAGUUCAAAGAUCUCGACUGUUUAUUCAGAGAGUACAAGAACCGGUUAGAAAGAGAGAAAUUUCUCCAAGAAUUGCAGAAGAGAAUAGUUAACUGUCCGGUGCUCGCUGAGAAGGGUCGCCAUUUCAUUCGUGAAGAGAAUGUUAUUCUGCUCUCCACUCCAAGCACUGGAAAAGAAGUAAAACCAGAAUUUAGGAUUUACCAACAAGUUGGAGACCUUGGUUUCUUCUUGUUUAAUGAUGCUCUGGUGAUCACGACCCUAACCUACAAGUUUGUACCUUUCCAAAGACUAGUUCAACGAAACUAUAAGUUCCAAGCAUGCCUCACCUUGAAGAAACUGAAAGUGGAAAAUCUAGCUGAUUCAAAAUAUAUAAAAAAUGCAUUUACCAUUGUGUCACCAAAGAGAUUAUGGUUCUGCCAGUCACACUCAUGGGAUCAGAAAUUUCAGUGGAUUUCCGUUCUAGAGAGUGCCAUUACCUCAGCAUUAGAGAAAUGCUAACGCAUCCAGCGCCGAAAAAAUCUCCUUUCCAGCCGUUGUUUGGUAAUGUCACGAUGUAAAAUUCAGUUUCUCCGUCGAAGAGCACGUCGCGUUACAGAACUAAACAAGGGCUGCUAAGAAGACAGUUACCCCAUUAUACCAAAUACCGUAUUCUUGCCAUUACCUUUUGGUGAGAGUUUAACGGAUUAUUCCACUAGUUAAGGAA